AUGGCGGCGUCCGCAAGUGCGGGCGUGACGGGCCGGCGUGGGCGAAGGGGGCGCGGGCAGCACGGACGCGGGGGGCGCCGCCGGCCGGGGGGCGGCACGGAGGGGGCCCUGAAGCGGCUGAAGCUAGCGGUGGAGGAGUUCGUGCAGGCGACCUCCGAGGGUGAGACCCCCGGCGGCCCGGCCGGGCCCCGGGCGGAGGGGCGCUUGCGCCGGGGCGGGAGGAAAAGCCGCAGGGAGCUGAGGAAGGAGAAGCGGCACCUGAAGAAGGCGCGCCGGCUGCAGAGGACUGCGGACCCGGCGAAGGUCCCGGGCCCAGGCGGCGGCGGAGCCGGGGGAGCGAGUGGCCUUCGGGCGGAGGGGGCGGAGGGGGAGGGCGGCCGGCGGUCCCCUCGUCGGGUCCCGGCGCCCCCGGACGAGCCGCGACCUCCUCUGGCCAAGGGCGCCCGGGCCCGCCCCGAGGCCAGGGGUCUCCCCGGGAGCAUCAGACCCGGCGCAGCCGCCGCCGCCCGGAAACGGGCCCUUCUGGCAGCCAACGAGGAGGAGGACCGGGAGAUCCGGAAGCUGGAGCGGUGCCUCGGCUUGAACAAGCGCAGAAGGAAGGGCGACGGUGGCUCCGUGCCGCUUAGCUUUGCUCGCGAUGGGCUCGACUACAUCCUGGGAGCCCUGGGGUCUGGAAGAACUGGCGGCUCGUACGAAGGCAGUAGUGAGGAGGAGGAGGAGGAUGUCGGACAGACUGUCCCCGAAAGUGACUUAGAGAGCGACACCGAGGACGAAAGGGAGGAGGAGGGGGAGGAGGAGGAGGAAGAAGAAGAAAAGAACAAGGUGGAAGCGGGAGCGCACAGUGAGCAGGACGACGUGGAAGACAUUAAGCCAAAAAAAGCGGCAGAGGGGAGAGCGAAGUGGAAAAGGGACAAAAAGAGAGUCCGUUUUGCAGAAGAAACGAGUGAAAAUUCCUCUGAGGACGCGGGCACAGACGCAACAGAUCAGAGUGUUUGCGAAAACGAUGGAGAGUACGUCCCACCUCACGUGAGGCAUGCUGAGGAGACAGUGAGUGGUCAGAAAAAGGAGGGACUGGAAAGACUGAAGAGACACGUCCAAGGUCUCAUCAACAGGUUGAGCGAGCCGAGCGUGGCCUCCAUAAGUGGGCAGCUGGAGGAACUGUACAUGGCCCACAGCAGGAAGGACAUGAACGACACUCUGACGGGCGUCCUCCUGAGCGCCUGUGCCCCAGGCGCGGCCAUGCCAGGCAGGCUGGUGAUGGAGCACGUGCUCCUGCUCAGCGUCCUUCACCACACGGUCGGCGUGGAGGUCGGUGCUCACUUUUUGGAGGCCGUGGUGAGGAGGUUUGACACCAUCUACAAGAACGGAGGCGAAGACAGAGAGUGUGAGAACCUGUUCACUGUCAUCGCCCACUUGUAUAACUUCCACGUGGUGCAGUCUCUCCUUGUCUUUGACAUUUUGAAAAAACUUAUCGGAACUUUCACAGAAAAAGAUAUUGAACUGAUCCUGUUAAUGCUGAAAAACGUGGGCUUUUCAUUGAGAAAAGAUGAUGCUUUGUCGCUUAAGGAACUAAUCCUGGAGGCCCAGGCCAAAGCCAGCGAGGCAGGUGGCAAGUUCCGGGACCAGACGAGGGUUCGGUUUAUGCUGGAGACCAUGCUGGCGCUGAAGAACAAUGACCUGCGCAAGAUCCCCGGCUACGACCCUGAGCCUGUGGAGAAGCUGAGGAAAUUACAACGCGCUCUGGUGCGCGGCACCGGCUCAGGCACGGAAACCCAGCUCCGCGUCUCCUGGGACGGCAUCCUGAACGCAGAGCAGACCGGGCGCUGGUGGAUUGUGGGGUCCGCGUGGAGCGGGGCCCCCAUGAUUGACAACAGCCAGCAGAAGGUCACGGAGAGGCGGCCCACGGGGACGGUUAGUGGGAAGAUACUAGAACUCGCCAGGAAGCAGAGAAUGAACACCGAUGUCAGGAGAAACAUAUUCUGCACAAUAAUGACAAGUGAAGAUUUUUUGGACGCGUUUGAAAAGCUUCUGAAGCUUGGGCUCAGGGACCAACAGGAGAGGGAGAUCGUUCACGUUCUCAUGGAUUGCUGCCUUCAGGAGAAAAGCUACAACCCCUUCUAUGCGUUCCUGGCCGGCAAGUUCUGUGAACACGAGAGAAGGUUCCAGAUGACUUUCCAGUUCAGCAUAUGGGAUAAAUUCCGGGACCUAGAAAACUUGCCAGCCACUAAUUUCUCUAAUUUGGUUCACCUGGUAGCCCACUUGUUGAAGACAAAGUCACUUCCACUUUCCAUUUUAAAGGUAGUUGAAUUCAGCGAAUUGGAUAAACCCAGAGUCCACUUUUUACGAAAAGUGUUAUAUAUGCUGUUAAUGGAAACUGAAGUUGAAGACCUGGCUUCAAUUUUUGCAAGAGUGGCUGACAGCCCGAAGCUGGGCAUGUUGAGAGAAGGUCUGAAACUCUUCAUCAGUCACUUCCUGGUGAAGAGCGUGCAGACGCACGCAAGUGCGGAGGAAGCCAGCGUGCUGAGAGAGAGGGCCGACCUCUCCACAAAGAGUUUGCAAGGCCAGGCUUCCCUGAGGAUGUAG